AUACGUCACUUCCUGCGAGGGGCUGCUGUGCCUGUCUCUCUUUUUUCCUUCAUGGCGUUUCCUGGGAUUUUCUAGCUGCUGUAAUUUGGACAAACUGAACACGGCAGGAGAAAAGGGGAUUCCUUCUGAUCUCUUGGAAGUUUCCUGAGAGUACAGAUGGAUGAGCGAGCCUCAGCUGGCCCUGAAGGAGGAAGAGGGCACGGCAUCAAAACUGGGAGCAGUGGGGGAUUCUGGAAAAACUCCGUGCAGAAGAUCCUGGGUGAGGAGGACACCCUCCGCUCAGAGGUGCAGAGCCAGCAGUUCAGGCGGUUCUGCUACCAGGAGGCCAAAGGACUCCGAGAGGUUUGCAGCCAACUCUACCACUUUGACCGUCAAUGGCUAAAGCCAGAAAGGCAUACGAAAGCUCAGAUGUUGGACCUGGUGAUCAUGGAGCAGUUCCUGGCUGUCCUUCCAGCGGAGAUGGAGAGCUGGGUGAGGGAAUGUGGAGCGGAGACCACUUCCCAGGCAGUGGCCCUGGCCGAAGGUUUCCUCCUGAGUCAGGCAGAGGAGAGAAAGCAGGCAGAGCAGCAGGGAAAGGAUCUGUUUGCAGGAAUGGGUUCAGGUGUCUCUGAGGCAGAGGGGGCUCGGUUGGACACCAAAGAGAGGCCACUGGGUGACAGAAAGACUUUGGCAAAACCUCACCCAUCUUUUCAUUGUGUCAGAGGGGAAGUGGUGGCUGUGGAAGUGGAUCAGGGUUCAGUGUGCUUUGAAGACGUUGCCGUUUCUUUCACAGACGAGGAGUGGGCAUUGCUGGAUCCUGACCAGAGAGCUCUGCAUAAGGAAGUCAUGGUGGAGAAUCGUGGGAUCAUGGACUCUCUCAGUGGUGAAAUGUUAGAAGUCCACAUAAUGGAGAAGGUACAUAAAUAUUUGGGGUGCGGAGAGAGCUUCUGUCAGAAGGUCCAUCUCACUUCCCAGGAAAGAACUCAUAGAGGAGAGAAACAAUAUCCGUGCUUGGCAUGUGGAAAGAGCUUCAGUCACAGAGCCAACCUUGCAACCCAUAAAAGAAUUCAUACCGGGGAGAAACCAUUUCAAUGCCCGGAGUGCGGAAAGAGCUUCAGCCAGAGCGCCCAUCUCACUACCCACCAAAGAACUCACAGCGGAGUGAACCCAUACAUGUGUUUGGAAUGUGGAGAGAGUUUCAGAUACAGACGCACUCUCACUUCCCAUCAAAGAGUUCACACAGAGGAGAAACCGCACCAGUGCUUGGAAUGCGGAAGGAGCUUCGCCUGGAAGAAAUGGCUCACUUCCCACCAAAGAAUUCAUAAGGGGGAGAAACCCCACCAGUGUCUAGAGUGUGGGAAGAGCUUCAGCGAGAGCACCUCUCUCACUUCCCACCAGAGAACUCACAGCGGGGAGAAACCCUAUUGUUGCCUGGCAUGCGGAAAGAGCUUCAGUCACAGAGCCAACCUUGCAGCCCAUCAGAGGAUUCACACCGGGGAGAAACCGUUUCAGUGCCAAGAGUGUGGAAAGAGCUUCAGCCAGAGCACCCAUCUCACAACCCAUCAAAGAACCCACAGCGGAGAGAAGCCAUACCUGUGCUUGGAGUGUGGAAAGAGCUUCAGUCACAGGCACACUCUCACUUUCCACCAAAGAAUUCACAGCGGGGAGAAACCAUACUCCUGCUUUGAUUGUGGCAAGCGCUUCAGUCGUAGCGACAAUCUCGCAGCCCAUCAACGAACUCACAGUGGGGGGAAGCCAUAGGAGUGGCUGUGUACAUAUUUAAAUGUAUGAGACUUUAAUUAAAUUGUAGGUGUGUGAGGAUUGCCACAAUGUUCUUGUCCUUCGACGAGCCAGCAAAGAAGUCAUCCUCCUCUGUCAGAACCAUGGAGUGCACCAAUAACUCGGUGCCUAACAAUUCUUCACAUUGCAGACCUAGAUCUUCAAAGUGCAAUUUGGAUUACUUUUUUCAUGUUGCAUCGGGGAAGAGGGUCACAAGCGGUUUGGCAACACUGGUGAGGUCAUUGUCAACCAGUGCCAUCCAAUUGCAUUUCCAGAGGUGCUCUGGUCAGGAGAGAGAAAGGGAGAGUUUUAGGCAAAUGCCCCUUUUACUCCUCUCCCAGGAGAGAAGAGGGAUCGAUACACUCAAAAUACUCCUGGUUUUGCACCUGAACGAAGAUGCACGUGUAGAAUUACAGAAUCACAGAACUGUGGAGGUGGAAGGGGCUCCCAGAAGCAUCUAGUCUACCCCCUGGCUGCAGUGCAGGAAUCACAGCUAAAUUAGGAGUGGACUGACCACGUCGCCAUCCAUUAAAACAACACACACUUUAAAAUCUUAUUUCUUUUUAUUGUUAUUGAAUGACUUUGUUCUAAACAGAAGAAAUAACAUAGCUCCUUCUCUCUCUCUCUCUUACCCCCUCCCCCCAAUGGACCUUUUCUUUUUAGUGCAAAGUCUUCGGUGGAUACAAAUCUUCAUAUUUAUGAAGUACAGUACGUAAUUAUGUCAGGCACAAAAUAAAGUCUCUUUCUUUGACAACAACAACAACAACAAAAUCAAGUUAACACGAAACUCAAUUCCGUUAUCAAGAAGCAUUUGGCCUGUUUGACCACCUUCAGCCCCACAAACACCCAGCCAUCAAUAGUUGAGAAAUUAAUGCCAUGGUUUACUUGAGUUGCCAGCCAGCCAGCACUAAAGAUCCCCCUUUUUUCUAGGGGUUGAGAUUCUUUUAAUAAAUGCUUAGUUAAACAUUCCCACAGCCUUUUCUUGCUAAUAGGAAAAUGGCAAAUAGGGUUAUUAUUAUUAUUAUUUUGGUAAAUAUUCUACUCUGAAAGGGUGCUAUUAUACGCAUUUAUUUUUUUCUGGCAUUUCUACUCCACGUGGUUGUCUCCCUCCUUGUUUAAUCCUCACAACAACCCUGUGAGGUAGGUUAGGCCGAGAGAAACUGGGACUGGCUUCCAAGGUUACACCCAGUCAGUUUCAUGGCCCAUUGUGGGGAUUCGAACCCUGGUCUCUCCCAGCUCCUUGUCCUGCACUCACUACAGUACCACCGGCUCUCAAAUGGGGGCUUAAUCCUGUAAACAGAUGGCUGAGGUAUCACAACCAGGUCAUUGGCAACAGGUUUUUUAAUUGAUCAGAUUUCCCCCUGAAAGGAAAAUCCAAAUUAAUGUGUGUUUGGGGAUAUGAGUUGGCAUUUUGAUGGCAUUGCCAUAU